CGCACGCACGGUCGGUCCUCCCGGGGUUGCGGGGCGGGAGCCGGAGGCGGAGGCGGAGCCGCCGGCUGGUGCGGGCACGCCGGGCUGCAGGCUCGCGGGUCUGGGACGCCGAGCGCACGGUGCGCUGCGCUGCGCUUCGCUGCGCCUUCCCGCUGCUCCUGCGGGCCCGUGACGGAUAUGCCCACAUAGAAGAGUGACGAUAACUGGACCAAAUGCUUCACUGCUGAACUGGUUCCUCAGGUGCCUGGCUCUGGCGAUUGCUAUGGGAGAUUGCAUGACUCUUACAGAUCCAGAAAGUAAAUAUAUCUUUCAAAAUACCUCAGAAACAAAGAUGUCUCCAUCAAGUUUAUACUCACAGCAAGUGCUAUGUUCUUCAAUACCUUUAUCAAAAAAUGUGCACAGUUUUUUUAGUGCCUUCUGCACAGAAGAGAAUAUUGAACAAAGUAUCUCCUAUCUUGAUCAGGAAUUGACUACCUUUGGGUUUCCUUCAUUAUAUGAAGACUCCAAAAAUAAAGAGUCAAAGAGAGAAUUAAAUAUAGUUGCUGUUUUAAAUUGUAUGAAUGAGCUACUUGUACUUCAGCGCAAAAACCUUCUAGCUCAGGAAAAUGUGGAAACACAAAAUCUGAAACUGGGAAGUGACAUGGAUCAUCUGCAGAACUGCUAUGCAAAACUUAAGGAACAAUUGGAAACCUCCAGGAGAGAAGUGAAUGGGCUACAAGAAAGAGACAGACAGUUACAAUGCAAGAACAGAAAUUUGCAUCAACUAUUAAAAAAUGAGAAAGAUGAGGUUCAAAAAUUACAAAAUAUCAUUGCAAGUCGAGCUACUCAGUAUAAUCAUGAUAUGAAGAGAAAAGAGCGUGAAUACAAUAAACUAAAGGAACGUCUCCAUCAACUUGUUAUGAACAAGAAGGAUAAAAAAAUAGCUAUGGAAGUUCUCAAUUAUGUGGGAAGACCUGAUGGAAAAAGGGGCUCCUGGAGGACAGAUAAGACUGAAGCCAGGAAUGAAGAUGAAAUGUACAAAAUUCUCUUGAAUGAUUAUGAAUAUCGUCAGAAACAAAUCCUAAUGGAAAAUGCUGAACUUAAGAAGGUUCUUCAGCAAAUGAAAAAGGAAAUGAUUUCUCUUCUUUCUCCCCAAAAGCAGAAACCUAGAGAAAGAGCUGAUGAUAGUUCAGGAACAGUUCUCUCUGAUGUUGAAGAAGAAGCUGGAGAACUGAAUAGAGAGAGUAUUUGGGACCUUUCGUGUGAAACUGUGAGAGAACAGCUAACAAACAGCAUCAGAAAACAGUGGAGAAUUUUGAAAAGUCAUGUAGAAAAACUUGACAAUCAAGCUUCAAAGGUACACUUAAAAUGUCUUAAUGAAGAAGAUGUAAUCUCGCGACAAGACCAUGAGCAAGAAACUGAAAAACUUGAGUUAGAAAUUCAGCAAUGUAAAGAAAUGAUUAAAACUCAGCAGCAACUCUUACAGCAGCAGCUGGCUACUGCAUGUGAUGAUGAUACCUCCUCACUGCUACGAGACUGUUACUUGCUGGAAGAAAAGGAGCGGCUGAAAGAAGAGUGGUCUCUGUUUAAAGAUCAGAAAAAGAAUUUUGAGAAAGAAAGACGAAGCUUUACAGAAGCUGCCAUUCGCCUAGGAUUGGAGAGAAAGGCAUUUGAAGAAGAACGGGCCAGUUGGUUAAAGCAGCAAUUUUUAAAUAUGACUGCCUUCGACCACCAGAACUCAGAAAAUAUGAAACUUUUUGGUGCCUUUUCAGGAAGUUCUGAUCAGGACAAUCAUACAGUGCACUCAAGGCCACGGCAGAAGAAGCCUCAUGGAGCUGUAGCCUCUCCAGUCUUCACGUCUAAACUUAGUAAAUCUCUUCCUGCUUCUCCUUCUACUUCAGACUUUUGCCAAACACGUUCCUGUGUGUCUGAACAUAGUUCAAUCAAUGUACUGAACAUAACCCCCGAAGAAACUAAACCAAAUCAGGUUGGAAGAGAAUGCACAAAUCACAAAUGGAGUAUGGUAUCAAGACCUGGAUCCAGGGAAGGUUACUAUAAUGGAUACUCCCUGCCCUACACAAAUUCUCAUGUAGAAAAGGAUGAUUUACCUUAAACUUGUGGACUGGAAGUUUUCCUUCACUCAGAUGUUCAUCAAAGUUCACAUCAGAGUUGAAAGCAGGGUGUGUCAUAAAGUCAGCUGUCCCUAAUAAUUUGAGAUGGUCGGAAUUGUUGGUUUGGUUUUCGAUGCCCUUUCCCAAAGAACCAAAUGUUAAAUAUAUUUAAAAGGAUUUAAAAGCUUUGGAGAUGUAUUUUUAGUAACAGAAGCAUCUGAUUCUGUGAAUAAAGGAAUGUAUAGAUGUUUGGAUGGAAACAAAAGCACUAGAAAGAGUUUCCUCAUAUAGGAAUUAAAAAUAGCACUUUUAGGAAGUGGAUUAUUGUAAAUGUUUAAUUUUUGUCUCAUAUUUGGCAUCAGAAGUUUAGCCUUUACUUGAAUGUAUACUGUAGAUUUUUAAAAAAGCAGGUUCUAUAUUUAUUAUGUUUAGUGUAAUUUGAAAUUACCUCUUUCAUAUGUUUUAAAUAAAGUGAAAUGUAUGUUUUGUACAUAGAUAUACAUGAUUAUGUUAAGAGGCUUUAAGAUUUAAAAUGUCACAUCCAUAAUUACAUAAACACAUUUUUUUUAGGAUAUUCUGUUUACAGAUGUAUUAGAACCAUCGUCACAUUAAAGAAUUUUUUUGAACCCAUCU